CUCCUCCCGCCAGCUUUUGCCCAUCGAUCGCCGUGAGCUUAUCGGACUCGCGAUCUGAUCCGAAAAGUGGAAACAAAGUGAAGAUAAAUUAAUAAGCAAUUAGCCAGUGUAAAUAGACUGUUGUCAGCCGACUUGCCGACUAGCCGAAGCAGCUGAGCAGAUACAGAUUGUUCCGCUGCAGCACCGCCCCGCGUGGAACCAAAAUAAACAGGCGGCGGUGGAGAAAGGGGGCAGGGUGAAAGGGGUUGGAAAGAGGGGCCGCAGGGGGAGCAGGGGGAGCGGACAACGAGGCAGAAACAAAAGCACAAAACGGCGGACAGAACCAGUCGAAACAAAACAACAAACCGGAGCGGACGCACUCGAAAAAGCGAAUAAAAUUUAUUUCUGUGCUCAUAGUGUGUGCAUAUGUGUGUGUGUGCGUGCCUUGUGUAUAUUUAAACAAUAUUUAAAAAAAUCAUACGCCAGACGAAAAACGUAAAAACGUAUAAGCGAAGAUCAUCUCCCCGCCGCCACAGCGAAGCGGAGCAGACAGAUAAAUAAAAACAGAAUCGGAGACAAAAACAACGCGACUGUGACGCGGCAAGGUGCUGGAGGUCACUCGGCCCAUUUCGCAUAGCAGCGCCACCCCCAACCCCCUUCCAGCCAUUUCCAGUUCCAGUUCCAGACGCCCGCAAACAGCACGCGCGAUCUGAAAAAAAUUAAAAAAAAUAGUAAUAAUAGAAAAAAAAACACACCAGCAAACUCACGCGCUUCAUCGUUUUAUUGCCCGCCCUCUCGACUGAUAAACGUCCCGUUGAUAAAUACAUAUAUCAUCGCAUCACACCAAAAACAAACACAGCAGCGCAGCAAACACCAAUUAUUCCAAUAAAGCCAGCGCCAAGUGCGAAUGCGCCCUCGAUUUGUAUGCCAUCAGCAGCACUCGGUGGCCCAUUCCCACUUCCAUCCCCUGUCUCACUUCCAGACCCAUUCCCAUACCCAUACCCACUUCCAGCGCCAUCCCAAUCCCCAUCCCCAUCCCCAUCACUUUUACGACGCCACUGACGUCGGCUAUCGGCGUUAUCGCACCGCCAACAUGGUGGUGGCCGAGGGAGUUAUGGACUCCGGAUCGGGGAUCGGUACGGGAAUGGGAAUGGGGCACUUCAACGAGACCCCCUUAUCCGAGCUGGGCGUGGAGACCCGCUCGCAGCUGUCCCGCAUGCUGAACCGCAAGAAGGUGCUGCGCUCCGAGGAGGGCUACCAGCGGGACUGGCGGGGCAUCUCGGAGCUGGCCAAGCAGAAGGGAUUCGUGGACGAAAACGCCAACAAUCCCAUGGAUCUGGUGCUGAUCAGCUGGAGCCAGCGGAGCCCACAGACCGCCAAGGUGGGCCAUCUCGAGAACUUCCUGGGCAUCAUCGAUCGGUGGGAUGUCUGUGACGAUAUCCAGGAGAAUCUGGCCAAGGACACCCGCCGCUUUAUUAUAAAGCAGGAGCAGCGGCAGACCUCUCUGGUGGAGGCGUGUCCCCCGCCCCCCAGCGACUGUUUCGAGACCAACAACAACUACAGCAGCAACAACAACAUCACAGUGGGCCAAAGUGUCCAGAUCCUGAGCGACGAGGACCAGAGAUGUGUGCAGAUGGGCCAACCGCUGCCCAGAUACAAUGCCUGUGUUCUGUACGCCGAGGCAGACAUCGACCAUGCCACCGAGAUCAUGAAUAACCUAGAGUCUGAGCGAUACAAUCUCAGGCUUUUCCUGCGCCAUCGCGACAUGCUAAUGGGCGUACCCUUCGAGCAUGUCCAACUCUCCCACUUCAUGGCCACCCGCUGUAAUCACCUGAUCGUCGUGCUCACCGAGGAGUUUCUUCGGAGUCCGGAGAACACGUACCUCGUGAACUUCACCCAGAAGAUACAGAUCGAGAACCACACUCGCAAGAUCAUACCGAUUCUGUACAAGCCAGACAUGCACAUACCCCAGACCCUGGGCAUCUAUACGCACAUCAAGUACGCCGGGGACUCCAAGCUGUUCAACUUCUGGGAUAAGUUGGCUCGAUCGCUGCACGAUCUGGAUGCCUGUUCCAUCUACUCCACGCGCCAGGUGCAAACACCCUCUCCAGUGGAGGAAUCGACUCCCCAGCGGGUAACCACGCCCAGCAUUCGGAUACAGAUCAACGACAAGGAUGUGACCGACAUGCCCAACUUCAAGGUGCCAGAGGCGGAGACCACCAUCGUUUCGGUUUCCGGAGAUACCGGUUCCCCCCUGCCGGAACACAAGCCGAAGAAAAAGGAUCGCUUUCUGCGCAGAAUCACGCACAGUUUCGCCAAGACGCCGAAGAAUGAGGGAGGCAGUGCAAAGACCCUGCGGCACGCGCACUCCGUCAGCACCAUAAACGUCACGGAACGGGAGAGGACACUCAGUGCCAGCAGCUCCAAUAUCUCCACCACGUCGGAGAGCAAGAAGAGCUUCAUCAAGUGGCAGCCGAAUAUCCUGAAGAAGGCCCUAUUCUCCCGAUCCAGCAACAAGCUGCAGACGCCGGGUUGAGAGAUCCUAGAGUUAGGAUAGCCAUUCAUUCGAUUCCUGGAUUCCUUGUCGUGUGCCCAGUCUAGUUGCGGCCAGAAAGAGUCGCCAAUGUCGUCACCCUCCACACUUAGUGAUAGUCCUUAGCCUAAUCCCUAUCAAAGUCAACUAACUUAAUAUACUUAGACGCACUUGUUAACUUACAAUACAUAAGACAACAACGAAUAAAGACAAUACCACGUAUACGCACAAAUGUAUCACAAAGCACGCAUAGAGGACCAAAAACGAUACGAUAUGCUCUAUAUGUAUACUGUAGGCUGUAGAUUUGAUAAACAGACAAAUUGGCAGUUGCGUUGAGUGAGGUUAAAUGCGCGACACUGCUAAUCGAAGUGCUCAAUUAACUGUUAGUCACGCGUUCGAUAAGUGACUUACUUAAUUAAAUUAUCUCUGUUCUCGCAACUCAGAACUCAGACCCCAUCUCGGAUGAGUAAUGAGUAAUGACCAUAUAUAAACUAUAUGUACGUAUCAUCACAUUGUAAAUUGCUCAAGCAGUUCUAACCGACUGCCAGCAAUAGGUAAACUGUUUGUUUUGGGUACCGCCUUGGGCAGGUCUCCCAUGUGAUUAGCCUUACUGUUACCGAUUGUUACUUGAUUAUAUGCCCGAUGUGCACUGAAAACACACACCUAAUAAAAAGCAAAGCGAAGAUUAUCAAUACAGUUUAGAUACGUAAUCACAUAAAACAAA